GGGAUGAAAUGCACCAAAAUUGGGGGAACAGAGAUUAUUAACUCGAGGGUGACGUUUUCUGGAGGCGUAACAUUCUUAGCUUCAGGUAAAGAUUUUUUUUUUCUUGUAAUACUGUUAAAAUUCAAAUAUAAAGGCAUUGUUAAUGAAAUUAGGGACUUUUCCGGCAGGAUUUUGUGGCAUGAUUACAUAUUCGUGGUGGGCUAAUAGAGUCAUAUCGGAAUUUGUGGAUCCAAACUACAAGGCCCAGAAGUUUGAACUGGGUGCUGCUGUGUUCGUUGGCUGGGGAGGCUCCAUUCUUCUCAUCUGUGGGGCAGGUGUGCUCACUUUCUUCUCUGGGAAAGAGGGUCUCAUAUCAAGUUCAUCUAAAAGGCCUCAAAGGCCGGCUUCUUAUGCCACUGUCCGUAGCAGACGGACGUACAUGCGGCCACCAUCAUCAUCCAGGGUGACGAUAGUGCCGCCGCUGUAUUAUUCAGGCAGGAGUCAAACAAGCAGAGGGACAACAAGGACUCCUUUCAUUCAGAGUCGGGAUACCUUUGUAUGAGCUCAGAACUCAGUUUAAGAGUUUAAAGAGAAAAGUAUACAAAAAAAAAUCUGCCACGUUUGGUAAAAGAUCAAAGAGACUUGUUAGUAAAACUGACAUAUUAAAGCAAAUAUUUUAUUAAUCUGUUAGUUUUGCCAAUAAAAUAGGGAGAGAUAUAAUUUUGAUUUCAUAAGAAUCCCUUGUCCAAACCAAGAACAGUUAAUAAAUUUAUUAUUUGGGGCCAAAAGGUAGAGUAACAAGAAAACUUUUUAUUUAAUGUAAAGCAACCUUUACUGAAACCCCUAU